AUGAAACUCGCAGUCACAGUAUUGUCAUCAAUCCUGUUGGCUUGUUCGGUCACUACAGCCAACCCAGUCAAUCCUAGUGCAACUACAAGUACCGAUGCUAGCACUUCAACAGUUUCCAGUCUAGGUGAUGGAUACUUUUUUUACAAAAGUAUAUUCUCAGUUGGAAACAAAUGUCUGAUCAAAAAAUACUUGCAAAAGAAGGAAACUCAUGAGAGAGCAAGAAGAGUAUACGACUUGCUAAAAAAGGAGACUGAAGUUCAAGAGAAACGAGUAGCUAUGCUAAAUGAAAGAUAUCACAAGUUGAUACAGAAAUCUAAGCAAGGCAAUGGCAAUUUAGGAUAUAAAGACUCACUCGAAAAGUUUCAACUUGAACUUGAAAAGCAAUCUCACAAACUUGACAAGCUUAAAGACAAACAUCUGAAGCACAGUGCAUUGUGUGAUAAGUUGUUUUCCAAGUUGUGGAACGUUCAAUCAGCAAUUGUACAUACCUUUUUCAAGGAAACUCCAAAUAUUCCAACAGUUGCUACUCGCAUAAGACUCCUUGAAUCAAAUCCUGAAAUUGCAGCUUACAUCAGUAAAUUACAAAAUGAAAUGCUGAAAGAAUCGCCCAUGGUAUCGUGUAGCCGCGUAAUGAGAAGACCUAGAAAGUGUAAAAUGGCUCGACAAGGCUAUAAGAAUAUCCCUUCAUGUAGCGAGUUCGUGGAAGAUCCUGACACUCAAUACCCACCAUUAGAUGAAAUACCUACACUACGUCUCACUCGAUCAACUUCCAAAACUUUAUCCAGUUCACAGGCAGAAUCUUCCAGUUUUGGGAAUAGAUUUGGGUCAUUCCUGGGUCGAUCCAGAUCUAAAAAAUCCACCUGA